CGGCGGGCACGCGCCUGACGUGGCGCGCCCGAAGCUGUGGGGAGGCGCAACCGCCUCCGGAGGCGCGUGCCCAGGACAGCAGUUUGUUUGAGCCGGACUGUCCCGCGCCCGGCCCUCCCGAGCCAGAGGAUAACGGGGAUCCGGGAGAUCGGGAUCUCUGGUUGGUUUCUGUUUCCUAAAGACUUUCUUAAAAUGUCUGACAUGAAGCAAAGAAAGAAAGCUGUUCCUUCACCGAAGCACAACGAAGAUCCACAAAAGCAGAGCAAUUAUGGAAUGAUCUCAGGUCCCAGGAGCAGCAGCAAUAGUCAGAAUUCCUUUUGGAUAGACUCACGGACAGCCUUAAACCUGCUUUGCCUUGUUGCUUGUCUACUGCUCACCUGGUUCCUAUUUCAGCAGUCAGGCCAACUUGCUCACAUGGAAAAAAAGUAUCAUUUAUUACAGCUGGAAACUGGAAAAUGCCAGGAUAUGGAAAAUAAAGUUAACUUAAUUUCUGAAAAGCUUGAGUCUUCCGAAAGUAUCCUGCAGGAAGCUACCUCAUCCAUCUCUGUGAUGACCCAUUUUGAGCAGGAAGUGUCCACUCUCCGUAACAUCAUACAGGACAUUCAGAACAGUGAGCAGACGUUCUCUGAAAAGAUGCAAAGCAUUAAUGAGACAUUCCAGAAUGUCAUGGACUCCUGGAAAAGAAGCCUGGAUGAAAUGAAUGCAAACACUAGUAGUUUAAAAUCUGAAGCAAAAUUCAUACAUACUGAAGUUACGACCCAUAUAAAUACUGCUGAUCAAAAUAUGAAGUCUCUUUCAGAAAGAUUAAAAGAUUUAGAAGACAGUACAAUAAGAAAUAUUAAAACAUUAAAAAGACAGGAAGAAGAUGAGCUUUCUAGAGUUGAACAGCAGCUGGAGUUGGAUACAAAGACAGUUGAAAAAUUAGAAGAAGAACAGAAUACCUUGUUAGCUAGAGACAUAGAUUUGAGUCAGAAGCUUACAGACUAUGAACCGAAAAUUGAGGAAUGCAAGACCCACUUACCAACAAUUGAAAAUGCCAUUCAGUCCAUUCUUAGAGUAUCAAGUGAGCUGAUAGGUAUAGAGAAAAAAAUGGAAGACUUGACAGUACAGAUGUUUACUAUGGAAGAUGAGAUGCUAAAAACAGUGUCAAAUAUAAUGGAAAUGCAAAAGGUUCUUGAAAGCAUGCAGUAUGACAACAGCAUAUUAAAACUGCAAAAUGAAAUAAUUGUUUUAAAAGAAAAAGUAUAUGACAUUACAGUAUCUUCAAAUACAAGAGAAGUAGUACCUUUAGAAUACAAUCUAGAAAAUGAACAGAGUGAGGGUGAUGAUCAGUGAAUUCAGGCUCAUUUUAAUUUAUGUAUAUUACUUGACAAUAUGGACAAUAUUUAUAGCUCAGUUAUGUUAAUGUGUUUAUAAACAAACGAUAACCAAACACCACUAGUCCAACAAACUUUAAAAAUAGCAGGGGUCUUGUCAUUGCUUUUUAUUAACAUUGGAUCAGACCUUACAUGCCUAAACUAUACUAGAGAGAAAAAAAAGCAAAUGUAAUGGGGGAACAGACAGACUCUUUUUCAUGUAUUUUAUAAUGAUUAUCUUGAAUGUCCAUGAAGUUCUUUUUCAUUAAAAGGAAAUUUGAACCAAAGUAUUUAGAUGCAAGAACAUCUGGAUGUUAAGUCGGAAUUUUAAGCACAAUAUUCUGUAUUUAAAUUUAUAUUCAUUCAUUUUUUCUAAUUAUAGCUUUUUGCAAAGUUAUAUUUCAUGCUUUUGUAUUAGCUACAUUAUAAUAUAUGAAAAAUUAAAAACCUGUUUCUGAGCAGGUUCCAUGAAUUGUAGUCUGAUUCUAACAUACCAUAUUGAUUAUAACAAACAACAGUUUCAUAUAUUUGGUUCCAUUCAAUAAAAUUAGAUCACAAUUUACACCUCUUUUGUGGGGACAAAAGUCUGUUCCUGGUUAAUGGAAUGGAAUUAUUCCAGAUUUACACUGGUGUACUGAGAGCAGAGAAUUUGACCAGGAGUCCAUCCAUACUAUUCCAUACAGGAGAUCCUAGUAGUGUACACACGUGCCCCCAAAAGAGCUGUAAUUGUGAUCAAUUUUACUUACUGGAAUAAUCCAAAAGUUUUCUUCUGAUGUCAGUUUAAAUUCAGAAAGCACUGUCGUUACAGGGACCCUUAGAUUUUGGGUCUGCACCUAACUAUGUUACGGUUUUCUCUACUGCCAAUAAUUGUAAUAUUUAUUAGGGCUGUUGAUUUAAUAGCAAUUAACUCAUGCAAUUAACUCAAAAAAAAUAAUCGCAAUUUAAAAAAUUAAUCGUGAUUAAUCACAGUUUUACUCACACUGUUAAAGAAUAGAAUACCAAUUGAAAUUUAUUAAAUAUUUUGGAUGUUUUCCUAUCAUUUUUAAAUAUAUUGAUUUCAAUUACAACACAAUAUACAAAGUUGACAGUGCUCACUUUAUAUUAUUACUUUUUAUUACAAAUAUUUGUACUGUAAAAAUGGCAAACAAAAGAAAUAGUAUUUUUCAGUUCACUUCAUACAAGUAACAUAGUACAAUCUCUUUAUUGUGUAAAUGCAACUUACAAAUGUAGAUUUUUUUUGUUACAUAACUACACUCAAAAAUAAAACAAUGUAAAACUU